AUGGCGAAAGGAGAAUCUUCCACUAAUCAGAAAGCUGAUUGGAUUGAAAAUGUUGAAGCAAAGGUGCAAUGGCUAUAUGAUUAUUGGCAGACGCACUUCCCGGGAACCAAGGAAGACAAAAUGCUUGAUAUGGAGUAUGCAAUCAGUACCUGUGUCGUCGACAUAUAUGCAAUAAUUCCUGAAGAAAACCUGCAAUUGAAUUAUGAGCGUGCAGUGUUCGAGUAUCUAAGAGGAAGCGCGCAUAAUGCUAUUCCUGGGGUUUAUAGCAAGAAAGCGGAGGAUCAUCUAAAGAAUGCUACUAAAUUCAAUCCUGAUUUGCUGGUUGCUUGGAAUGCCCUCGGUGACUGCGUUGCUAAGAAAGGAGAUUACUCUACAGCUAGAAAUUGCUUUCUCUUUGUCCUUGGGAAGAAAGAAGACGCCAGGACUUUACGUCAUCUUGCAUACCUUGAAUUGAUGUGUGCACGGGUUCCGGAAGAUCCUCAACAUCAUAUUGAAGAAUGUAUCAAAUAUGCAGAAAAGGCAAUCAAACUGAAAGACGCCGAAGGAUGUCGUUAUGAAUUAGGAAGUGCAUAUCUUACUUCCUUUAUCCUGGAUGGAAGAUGGAAUGACCAUGCUAUUCUAAUGUCAUUAGAAGCAUUCGAAAAAGCUGUAAGUAGUUCUGACAAUCUUGUCUCUGAAAGAAUUGAUACAAUAAAGUCAGAGCCAGAUUUUCAAUGCGAGUGUGGCCUAGCGAACAGGCUUCUGGAGAACUACGAGAAGUCCCUCAUUAGGUUAUCAGAUGCUGUAGAGAAGGAUCCUGCCCAUGAUGCGUCACAUCAAGUGGAAAUAACAGUUCAGCUUCUUGACAAAUUAGAAGAAUUAGUUCAGGGGAAGAGUAAGGCAAAGAGUAAAGGAAAGGGCAAGAGAAAGAGUAAGGGAAAGAGUACGGAGACAAGCUUUGCUUCCCUGAUCCAGUCACUUGAUGAUAUUGAUUUGGAUCCUUCCUACAACAAAGCAACCUUGGAUGUCUUAGCUGAAGGCCCUAACAAAGGGCUUGCAGUUAUGGGAGUAGUCCGGUGCUUGGUUAAGUAUGAGUAUGGUGUUCCAUUAUACUAUGUGCUCUGUGACUCUGAUGGGAACAGUUUUGUCCUUCUAGUGUUUGGGAUACAGGAAGAAGCGAUUAAACAAGGAGAUCAGGUCACACUAUUGGAGCCCUUUUGCAAAUUUGUUGAUUUUAAAUGGAAGGAAAAGCACUAUCAAUUCCAAUCUGUGCGAGUCAAUAAUGUGGAACAAGUCCUUGUAAAUGGAAAGACUGUAUCUUCUGAUUUUGCUAUAUAA